UCUGUAAUAAUUUAUCCUGCUGUCACCCGGGAUCAGACACGCACAGGGGCACAGGGGGGAAUCAUGUCUGUGGCUUUUGCUUCAGCCAGACCAAGAGGAAAAGGAGAGGUCACCCAGCAAACUAUACAGAAGAUGCUGGAUGAGAACCACCACUUGAUCCAGUGUAUAAUGGAUUAUCAGAGCAAGGGGAAGACAGCAGAGUGCACACAAUAUCAGCAGAUCUUGCACAGAAAUCUGGUAUAUCUGGCAACCAUAGCUGAUUCUAAUCAGAAUAUGCAAUCUCUGCUUCCUGCGCCUCCAACACAGAGCAUUAAUCUGGGCCCCGGAGGAAUGAGCCAAACAGGCCCCAGCCAGAGCCUUCACACCCAGGGCAAUCUGAGUGAUGCGCUGGGUGCCACCUUGCCGCCCUCCUCCCUCAUGCAGAGCCAGAUCAGUAAUGGCCCCAACCAUGUCACCAUGCAGCAGUCUGGUCAGACCACUAUGCCCACCACUAGUAUGAGCAUGGCAGUCAGUUCUCAUGGCACAGCCCCCGGGUAUAGUCACACUGUGCCCAGCUCGCAGAAUAUGCCAAUGCAGAGUCAGAGCAGCAUAGGCAACUAUGUGUCAAGGGCCAACAUUAACAUGCCUACAAACCCAGUGUCUAUGAUGCAUCAGCAAGCCGCCAGCACCCAUUACACCACAGCACAAGGAGGAGGUCAGCAUUACCAAGGCCAGUCCUCAAUCUCAAUCAUGAGCCAGAGUAACCAAGGUAGCGGCAUGAUGGGUCAGAGGCCCCUGGGGCCCUACAGAUCAUCUCAACAAGGUUCUGCUCAGCAAUAUCUGGGUCAGGAGGAGUACUACAGCGAGCAAUACGCACACAGUCAGAGUUCCUCGGAGUCUAUGAGUCAGCAAUAUUACACAGAUGGACAUGGCGACUACUCAUACCAGCAGUCAUCGUACGGUGAGCAGAGCUAUGACCGGACGUUCGAUGACUCCUCCCAGCACUACUAUGAAGGAGGAAACACCCAGUACAGCCAGCAGCAGAGUGGAUAUCAACAAGGGACAGGUCAGCAACAGGCGUACACCCAGCAGCAGCAGUACACCAACCAACAGAACUAUCCCGGGCAGCAACAGCAGGGAUAUGUUCCAGCACAGGGCUCUUCCUCACAGUAUUCAACUUACCAGCAAGGCCAGAGCCAACCAUACUCAAGCUACCGGGCACCACAGAGCGCAUCGUCUGCCCAGCAACAGAGGCCCUAUGGCUACGAGCAGGGUCAGUACGGAAACUACCAGCAGUAAGGAUGUGUUGUGAGCAUGGUGCCUCUGCUGUAUGGUUGGGAGAACUUUGGAUGAUACCUGACUCUUGCCACAAUGGAUUCUGAGAUUUCCAAGAUGAAGGCUUCAAAACUUCCCAAGGAAAGAAUAAGAAGUCAAGAAAGAAGUUUUGUGACAACCCAGCCCCUAUGUUAUUAGACCCAGCACGCAGUAUGGUUUCUAAUGGAUCAGACUGAGUCAGAACAGCCGGAGUCCAGCCCUCUGUGACCCUGCAGAUCAGCAGAGUGAAGGGCCACCGACAGUGGUUAAUCCAUUCAGAUGUCUUAACUGGUACUGCAGCUCAGUUUCAUUCAAGCGAAUUGGACUAUGCUGCAGUACCAGGCAUGACGCUGUGUCUUUGUUAGCAACAAAGAAGAUUCUGCACUCGAUGGAGCAUUUUAGCUCAUGAUGCCAUCAAUGUUUAGGCUCCAGGAAACCGCUUAAAGUCACAAAGUCCACAUUUGUCAUAGAGGUCUAGAAAGCUGUGCUAUAUAUGCAGCUGUUUCAAGGAGCCAUCAUAUUGUAAAGGCCCCUCCAAGCUACAGUUUGGUGGAGGUCCUUUAGGUCUGUUUACCUCUAAUAUAAUUAGAAAUUCAGAAAGCUGAGAUACAUGGAGGUGGUUUCUGUCAAUCUGCUGUAAUUUGUUCUGUGUUGCUGUCCCUUUAUUUUGCUGCUUGUUGAGUAUCCUGAGGGUCAGACCCCCACUUAUCAAACAUCAACAGGCCAUUAAUGUUUAGAUACCAUUAAACCUAACAAGGUCCAGGAAGAUGAGAUAUAUGAAGCUAUUUUUUUACGGCCCUUAUACUGUUGAUGUGAUUAGGGGGGAAUAAUAUUCUGUCACCGAAGUAUUUCUUACCCUUUCUAUAAAGUAGACAGACCUUGAAGGGGUACUCCGAUGCUAGACAUCUUAUCCCCUAUCCAAAGGAUAGGAGAUGUCUUAUUGCAGGGUCCCGCUGCUUGGGCCCCCAGCGAUCUCCAGCAACACCCAGCAUUCUAAACAAAUGCCGGGUUCCUGUGGCAGUGGUUGUGAC